GCCCAGUGAGCAUCGGACGAGCUGACCUGUCCUGGACACAGCAUAACUAACGAAGCUGCUGCAGGAUGAGAAGAUGGCAGCGCGGCUGCUCGCACCACCAGGCCCUGAUAGUUUCAAGCCUUUCACCCCUGAGUCACUGGCAAACAUCGAGAGGCGCAUUGCUGAGAGCAAGCUCAAGAAACCACCGAAGGCGGAUGGCAGCCAUCGAGAAGACGAUGAGGACAGCAAGCCCAAGCCAAACAGUGACCUGGAGGCAGGGAAGAGUUUGCCUUUCAUCUAUGGGGACAUCCCCCAAGGCUUGGUUGCUGUUCCCCUGGAGGACUUUGACCCUUACUAUUUGACGCAGAAAACCUUUGUAGUAUUAAACAGAGGGAAAACUCUCUUCAGAUUUAGUGCCACGCCUGCCUUGUACAUUUUAAGUCCUUUUAACCUGAUAAGAAGAAUAGCUAUUAAAAUUUUGAUACAUUCAGUAUUUAGCAUGAUCAUUAUGUGCACUAUUUUGACCAACUGUGUAUUCAUGACUUUUAGUAACCCUCCUGACUGGUCGAAGAAUGUGGAAUACACGUUCACAGGGAUUUACACAUUCGAAUCACUAGUGAAAAUCAUUGCAAGAGGUUUCUGCAUAGAUGGCUUUACCUUCUUACGGGACCCAUGGAACUGGUUAGAUUUCAGUGUCAUCAUGAUGGCAUAUGUGACAGAGUUUGUGGACCUGGGCAAUGUCUCAGCGCUGAGAACAUUCAGGGUUCUCCGAGCUUUGAAAACUAUCUCUGUAAUUCCAGGCCUGAAGACAAUUGUGGGCGCCCUCAUCCAGUCUGUGAAGAAGCUGUCGGAUGUGAUGAUCUUGACCGUGUUCUGCCUGAGUGUUUUUGCCCUGAUCGGCCUGCAGCUGUUCAUGGGAAACCUGCGAAACAAGUGUGUUGUGUGGCCCAUAAACUUCAAUGAGAGCUAUCUUGAAAAUGGAACCAAAGGCUUUGACUGGGAGGAGUAUAUCAACAAUAAAACAAAUUUUUACACGGUUCCUGGCAUGCUAGAACCUUUACUCUGUGGGAACAGUUCUGAUGCUGGGCAAUGCCCAGAGGGAUACCAGUGUAUGAAAGCAGGAAGGAACCCCAACUAUGGUUACACAAGCUUUGACACUUUCAGCUGGGCCUUCCUGGCAUUAUUUCGCCUUAUGACCCAGGACUAUUGGGAAAACUUGUAUCAGUUGACCUUACGAGCAGCUGGGAAAACAUACAUGAUCUUCUUUGUCCUGGUCAUCUUUGUGGGUUCUUUCUAUUUGGUGAACUUGAUCUUGGCCGUGGUGGCCAUGGCAUAUGAGGAGCAGAAUCAGGCAACACUGGAAGAGGCAGAGCAAAAAGAGGCUGAGUUCAAGGCAAUGCUGGAGCAGCUUAAGAAGCAGCAGGAGGAGGCACAGGCUGCUGCGAUGGCCACUUCAGCAGGCACUGUCUCAGAAGAUGCCAUUGAAGAAGAAGGUGAAGAUGGGGUCGGCUCUCCACGGAGCUCAUCUGAAAUUUCUAAACUCAGUUCAAAGAGUGCCAAGGAAAGACGUAACAGAAGAAAGAAGAAGAGGCAGAAGGAGCUCUCUGAAGGAGAAGAGAAAGGAGAUCCUGAGAAGGUGUUUAAGUCAGAGUCAGAAGAUGGCAUGCGAAGAAAGUUCCGGCUGCCAGAUAACAGAAUAGGGAGGAAAUUUUCCAUCAUGAAUCAGUCCCUGCUCAGCAUCCCGGGCUCACCCUUCCUCUCCCGCCACAACAGCAAAAGCAGCAUCUUCAGCUUCCGGGGCCCCGGGAGGUUCCGAGACCCAGGCUCUGAGAACGAGUUCGCAGACGAUGAGCACAGCACGGUGGAGGAGAGCGAGGGCCGGCGCGACUCGCUGUUCAUCCCCAUCCGGGCCCGCGAGCGCCGCAGCAGCUACAGCGGCUACAGCGGCUACAGCCAGGGCAGUCGCUCCUCGCGCAUCUUCCCCAACCUGCGGCGCAGCGUGAAGCGCAACAGCACGGUGGACUGCAAUGGUGUGGUGUCGCUCAUCGGAGGGCCCGGCUCCCACAUCGGUGGGCGGCUCCUGCCAGAGGUGAAAAUAGAUAAGGCAGCUACCGAGGACAGUGCAACAACUGAGGUGGAAAUUAAGAAGAAAGGCCCUGGGUCUCUUUUAGUUUCCAUGGACCAACUGGCUUCCUAUGGACGGAAGGACAGGAUCAACAGUAUAAUGAGUGUUGUUACCAAUACACUAGUAGAAGAACUAGAGGAAUCUCAGAGAAAGUGCCCACCAUGCUGGUAUAAAUUUGCCAACACUUUCCUCAUCUGGGAGUGUCACCCUUACUGGAUAAAACUGAAAGAGAUUGUGAACUUGAUCGUCAUGGACCCUUUUGUUGACUUAGCCAUCACCAUCUGCAUUGUUCUGAAUACACUGUUUAUGGCAAUGGAGCACCAUCCCAUGACACCACAGUUUGAACACGUCUUGGCUGUAGGAAAUCUGGUUUUUACCGGGAUUUUCACAGCAGAAAUGUUUCUGAAGCUCAUAGCCAUGGAUCCCUACUAUUAUUUCCAAGAAGGUUGGAACAUUUUUGAUGGAUUUAUUGUCUCCCUCAGUUUGAUGGAACUGGGUCUUGCAGACGUGGAAGGGCUUUCAGUGCUGCGAUCUUUUCGAUUGCUCCGAGUCUUUAAAUUGGCCAAGUCCUGGCCCACUCUGAACAUGCUGAUCAAGAUCAUUGGGAACUCUGUGGGUGCCCUGGGCAACCUGACCCUGGUGCUGGCCAUCAUCGUUUUCAUCUUUGCUGUGGUGGGGAUGCAGCUCUUUGGGAAAAGCUACAAGGAGUGUGUCUGCAAGAUCAACCAGGACUGUGAGCUCCCGCGCUGGCACAUGCACGACUUCUUCCACUCCUUCCUCAUCGUCUUCCGAGUGCUGUGCGGGGAAUGGAUCGAGACCAUGUGGGACUGCAUGGAAGUGGCUGGCCAGGCCAUGUGCCUCAUUGUGUUUAUGAUGGUCAUGGUCAUUGGCAACUUGGUGGUGCUGAACCUGUUUCUGGCCUUGCUCCUGAGCAGCUUCAGCGCAGACAACCUGGCAGCCACGGACGAUGAUGGGGAAAUGAACAACCUGCAGAUCUCAGUCAUUCGCAUCAAGAAGGGUGUGGCUUGGACCAAAGUCAAAGUGCGCGCCUUCAUGCAGGCCCACUUUAAGCAGCGCGAAGCAGAUGAAGUAAAGCCUCUAGAUGAGCUGUAUGAAAAGAAGGCCAAUUGCAUCGCCAACCACACCGGUGUGGACAUCCACCGGAAUGGGGACUUCCAAAAGAAUGGCAAUGGCACAACCAGUGGCAUUGGCAGCAGUGUGGAGAAGUAUAUCAUUGAUGAGGACCAUAUGUCCUUCAUCAACAACCCAAACCUGACUGUUCGAGUGCCCAUUGCUGUGGGCGAGUCUGAUUUUGAGAACCUCAACACAGAGGAUGUUAGCAGCGAGUCAGACCCUGAAGGCAGUAAAGAUAAACUGGAUGAUACCAGCUCUUCUGAAGGAAGCACCAUAGAUAUCAAACCUGAAGUUGAAGAAGUCCCUGUAGAACAGCCUGAGGAAUACUUGGAUCCAGACGCCUGCUUCACUGAAGGUUGUGUCCAGCGGUUCAAGUGCUGCCAGGUCAACAUUGAGGAAGGGCUAGGCAAGUCCUGGUGGAUCCUGCGGAAAACCUGCUUCCUCAUCGUAGAGCACAAUUGGUUUGAGACCUUCAUCAUCUUCAUGAUUCUGCUCAGCAGUGGCGCCCUGGCCUUUGAAGACAUCUACAUUGAGCAGAGGAAGACCAUUCGUACCAUUCUGGAGUAUGCUGACAAGGUCUUCACCUACAUCUUCAUCUUGGAGAUGCUGCUCAAGUGGACAGCCUAUGGCUUUGUCAAGUUCUUCACCAAUGCCUGGUGCUGGCUGGACUUCCUCAUCGUGGCUGUUUCUUUAGUCAGCCUUAUAGCUAAUGCCCUGGGCUACUCGGAACUAGGUGCCAUAAAGUCCCUUAGGACCCUAAGAGCUUUGAGACCCUUAAGAGCCUUAUCACGAUUUGAAGGGAUGAGGGUGGUGGUGAAUGCCUUGGUGGGCGCCAUCCCCUCCAUCAUGAAUGUGCUGCUGGUGUGUCUCAUCUUCUGGCUGAUUUUCAGCAUCAUGGGAGUUAACCUGUUUGCGGGAAAGUACCACUACUGCUUUAAUGAGACUUCUGAAAUCCGCUUCAUUCCUGACAUUGUCAACAAUAAAACUGAGUGUGAAAAGCUCAUGGAGGGGAACAACACAGAGAUCAGAUGGAAGAAUGUGAAGAUCAACUUUGACAACGUCGGGGCAGGGUAUCUGGCUCUUCUUCAAGUAGCAACCUUUAAAGGCUGGAUGGACAUCAUGUAUGCAGCCGUAGAUUCCCGAAAGCCUGACGAGCAGCCUAAGUAUGAGGACAACAUCUACAUGUACAUCUACUUUGUCAUCUUCAUCAUCUUCGGCUCCUUCUUCACCCUGAACCUGUUCAUUGGUGUCAUCAUUGAUAACUUCAAUCAACAAAAGAAAAAGUUUGGAGGUCAGGACAUCUUUAUGACAGAGGAACAGAAGAAGUACUACAAUGCCAUGAAAAAGCUGGGCUCAAAGAAGCCUCAGAAGCCCAUUCCCCGCCCACUGAACAAAAUCCAAGGAAUCGUCUUUGAUUUUGUCACUCAACAAGCCUUUGACAUUGUUAUCAUGAUGCUCAUCUGCCUUAACAUGGUGACAAUGAUGGUGGAGACAGACACUCAGAGCAAGCAGAUGGAGAACAUUCUGUAUUGGAUUAAUCUGGUCUUCGUCAUCUUCUUCACCUGUGAGUGUGUGCUCAAAAUGUUUGCCUUGAGGCACUACUACUUCACCAUCGGCUGGAACAUCUUUGACUUUGUGGUGGUCAUCCUCUCCAUUGUGGGAAUGUUCCUGGCUGAUAUCAUUGAGAAAUACUUUGUUUCCCCAACCCUAUUCCGAGUCAUUAGAUUGGCCCGAAUUGGGCGCAUCUUGCGUCUGAUCAAAGGCGCCAAAGGGAUUCGUACCCUGCUGUUCGCCUUAAUGAUGUCCUUGCCUGCCCUGUUCAACAUCGGCCUCCUGCUCUUCCUUGUCAUGUUCAUCUUCUCUAUCUUUGGGAUGUCCAAUUUCGCAUAUGUGAAGCACGAGGCUGGCAUUGACGACAUGUUCAACUUUGAGACAUUCGGCAACAGCAUGAUCUGCCUGUUCCAGAUCACGACCUCAGCUGGUUGGGAUGGCCUCCUGCUGCCAAUCCUAAACCGUCCCCCUGACUGCAGCCUGGACAAGGAGCACCCAGGGAGUGGCUUCAAGGGGGACUGUGGGAACCCUUCAGUGGGCAUCUUCUUCUUCGUCAGCUACAUCAUCAUCUCCUUUCUGAUUGUGGUGAACAUGUACAUUGCUAUCAUCCUGGAGAACUUCAGUGUAGCCACAGAAGAAAGUGCUGACCCUCUGAGUGAGGAUGACUUUGAGACCUUCUAUGAGAUCUGGGAAAAGUUUGACCCUGACGCCACCCAGUUCAUUGAGUACUGUAAGCUGGCAGACUUUGCAGAUGCCCUCGAGCAUCCUCUCCGAGUGCCCAAGCCCAACACCAUUGAGCUCAUCGCCAUGGAUCUGCCCAUGGUGAGUGGUGAUCGAAUCCACUGCUUGGACAUCCUUUUCGCCUUCACCAAGCGGGUCCUGGGAGACAGCGGGGAGUUGGACAUCCUGCGGCAGCAGAUGGAGGAGCGGUUCGUGGCAUCCAAUCCUUCCAAAGUGUCUUAUGAGCCCAUCACAACCACACUGCGGCGCAAGCAGGAAGAGGUGUGUGCAGUGGUCCUGCAGCGCGCCUACCGGGGGCAUCUGGCUAGACGAGGCUUCAUCUGCAAAAAGAUGACUUCCAAUAAGCUGGAGAACGGAGGCACACACCGUGAGAAAAAAGAGAGCACCCCAUCUACAGCCUCCCUCCCCUCCUAUGACAGCGUAACAAAACCUGAUAAGGAGAAGCAGCAACAGCGGGCAGAGGAAGGAAGAAGGGAAAAAGCCAAAAGACAGAAAGAGGUCCGAGAGUCCAAGUGUUAGAGGAGAGCAAAAAUGAAAUCCCAUACUAAAACUCGCAAGUGAAAGAUUGUUUACAAACUUCCUGAGUCUUACCAAUGCAGAACAGCUGUGGAGACACUGUAACUUGAAGAUCUAUACCAAACGUAGUCUGCUUAUCAUGUGACAUGGUUGCAUCUUGAGCAGUGACCUGCCGAGGGCAAAGGGCCCUGCUCCCUGGACUCACGGAUUUUCUAUUGCUUGGGCAGGUGGUUACUGCAUGUUCCACAUUCAGUCAAUGCAACUUAGGACUAAACUAACAGGAUACAAAAAACAGAGGAGGCUGCUGGGACCAGCAGAUUUCCGUUGCAGCCAAAUGGAUUUUAUUUUUUCAUUUGUUGAGUCUCAGAAGCAGAAAGUAUCACUUUAAAAGUUUGUUUGUUCAUGCAAACUAUAUUUGCAUUCUUACAUUAGUUAAGCUAAGCAGCAAAAAGAAACACGCGCACACACACACUCACACGGUCACAUUUAGCCUACGUCAUUAAUUGUCAGUUUCUUUGACAUAAACUGCAUCUUCUCCUCAUGGGCUUCACAUGGUUUGGAGAUGGGUGGGGGAAACAAUCAGGUUUUUUUCAGGCUAAGGAGGACUUGCUCAGGCCAAUUCCAAAUAUUGUGCUCGUUCAAUGCGUAGAAAUGAUUUGCAUGAUGGCAUGCUGUGAUCAGAAGUCAUGCAUGAGAUCCAUACACCACAGGACACUACUAAUCCUGUCCCCUGCAUUGGGUUAGCCUUUGGACAGGACCCAGCCCUGCACUGUUCACUGUAUUUGGAGAAAUGGUAAGAGUUCCAUACCGGCUGCGAUUCUUUGAGUUCUUUAGAAGUCGUUCGUACACCUCUGGGUAGGAAAACAUAACUAAGCAAUUGACCACCACCAACAACAAAAACAAACCCAGCCCAACAAGCAGAUGGAUCCGUUGUGUGUACAUGUUUAACAGACAUCUCUAACAUACAGCCAUUGCUGCAUAUUUUGCAAGAUGAACUAUUUUAAUGCUGCUCUGUCCAGUACAUGGGGAGACUUUGGCCCCGAAUGGCUUGUACUAUUAACGUCACUGUAAAACCAAAGCUGAGGGCUAAAAACAAAACAAAACAAAACAAAACAACAAAAAGUUCAUUUGUAUCUUGCAAUAUUUAUGAUGAUUGUUUAGCCUUUAUACGGGAGAACUGACACUUGGAGUAGAGAUAAGAGUGCUAUUCAGAGUAGCAUGUUAUUUUUACGGGCAUAUGGGGGACCUUAAAGCCAACCUUUCUUUGGGGUUAUGGGGUGCUCACUUCAUUCAGUGUCAUGUCUUUCUGCAUUGUGGCUUUCUCUGGGUUUGGGUCAACAUGGAGAGGGGUUCGGAUAUUUUGCACUGGCCUCUCCAGCGGAGAGCUUGUCACAAGCUGCCACCCGAGUGAUUCCUUCUGCUUGCUUCAUACUCCUCCACAAGCAGGGCUUCCCUUCUCAGCUGUCCAGGGCUGGGUGGGGGCAACAGCAUUGCUUGGGGUAUGGCUGUGGGCUCUUCCAUUUAUGAUUAGAAUAAUAGUCCCUAGCAGGACCUGAGGUAGAAAUAGAACUGCCUCUGCACCAAGCCCAUUUGGCUUUGUUACUGCACUACUUUUCCUGAGAAACCGACUCAGUAUUCAUUCUUCAGGGCUGCCCAGCUGCCCCUGGCAUCACCCUUUCAGCUCACCUUGCUCUCUGCUUUGUUAUCUGCCCAUUACCACUGCAGGGUGGCUGCUGGGGGAGUGUCAUUCCAUCUCCUGCUUUAUGAGAGACAGUUCUUAGUCCAGGGUAUCUCACCUGAACACCGGGUGUCAAAGCCAAGAUGCUGCAGUUGAAGGUGUCAGGAAGUCUGUUUGAAGAGUGAGGAAAGACUUUUGCGUGUGAACCAAAUCAACACAGAUCCUCCCUGAGCAUUGAGUAGAGGGAAAAGAACAACCCAUCAUCAGACACACCAAUCUGCCUUGCAGUAGAAGCACUUUGGAUGUAAACUCACAGUCCACUUGACUAGUUUUGCAUAGAACACACCACAGCCAGUCAGUGAGCAGAGCUUUGUAUCUCAUUGGACUGGUAGAGACUGUCCAGCUCUCCUAAGCCUGCUUCUGUGGCACCAUCGUGUGGUCCACACCUCACCCAAGACCAGCUCGAGAAGGUGUGUCUCAGUGCCCUGCUAACAGCUAGGACGAAUGUAUAGAACCACGUACAGGCAAUGUUGUAAACAGCACAAAAUGGAAGCUGACGUGUGUGGUUAUUCUUUUUAAGAGAAUUAUAAAUACUGUAAUAUAUAAUUUUAUUUUAUUGGCAUGCCUUUUGUAAAUACAAAUUAUUAACUUAUUAAAUAGGAAAUGGCUUCUGGCUUAUGCCAUUGUCAUGUUUAUUUUUAUUUUUUAUACUUUCCUUUCUUCUUAGAACUUAGAUGCUAUCAGCCAAUGUACAUCCCCAACCAGACAGACAGACAAAAAAUUUUUUAUUGCUAAUGGUCUUUUCCAAAACAACACAAAAUAUAUAUUUUUGUUCCAAUGUGCAAUAAAUUCUAACCACUUCUAUGCAAGAUUUGGCUAAACUUAAUAGUUGUUCUUAGGUCUUGAGAUGGGCAACAGCUAUCAGAUCACGGUAGGUAUACCAAGCACCAUGCUCGUGAUGUCAUUAAGCUACUAGAGCCUAGAUCUGACCUUCCUCCUCCCCCCAGCUCCCGACCCAGCCCUGCAGGCUGCCUCCUCAGUAGCACAUGGGCCCUGGCCUCUGACACCCAUCUCCAGCUUUGUAGGAAAGAAGCCACCUCUCUGCUUGCUCUCGUUUCCCUCUUUUAAACUCUUCCUACAUGUCGCUCCCCCACCCAGCCACGCCCUUCCUCUCUCACCAUCCUGCUCCACCUUCUUUGGUAGUAAAUGACACCAUCACCAGCAGCUCACAACUGCAGUUAACAGGCAUUGAACCUAAAGAAUCAGCAUCCUCACUGAGUGAGCAAAUGGCCACGCUUUGCCAAAUAUUCACGAAGCCAAUCAAAGAGCAGCAGCAGCCACAGUACCACUGCGCAUAUAUAUAGAGAUAUAUAAAUAUAUAAAUAUUUAUUUUUUGUAGUCGGGUCCUUGGUGCAGUAUUUAUAUUCCACAAUCCACCUUUAAAAAAAGAAAAAAAAAAAAAAAGACAAAAAGUAAGAAGUUAUGUGAUGCUGUUGAUUUAAAACGCAGAGCCAAAGCCCCUCCGCUGCUGGUUUAUGUGAAGACCCUCCCCUCGUCCUUGACCUCCUUGUGGCUUAGGGUGAAGAGGCUGGGAAGCCUAAAAUAGAGGGUGAGGGCAGGAAAACUCAAGUCCAUAUGGCCUGCUCUCACUGUCUCUCUGUGAACCGCUCGGGCACCCAGAGCUGGCUGGGCAGAGGGCGCCACAGUGCCCAGAGCACUUCUUUCAUUUUUUCGCCACAACCAAUGUAAACUGUAAAAGACCAAUAGUGUAUUAGUGACUGCAUGGAGGCCAACGCUGCCCUAAAUGAGACGUGAUUCAAAAAAACAACAAAAAAAACACCAAUCACUACUAUAAACCAAAAGGAAACAAUAAAAAUGACCCUUUUUACCACAUGAGGGAAGCCUGUCUUGGUGUGUGUUUGUUGCUUGACUUUCCCAAUUCUUGAGUUCUGGGAGGGAUCUGGGAACUGGGAUCCUGGCACAUUAGAGGAAAGGAAGGGAAGGGAGGUGGGGAAUCAGGGCCUUUCCCUAUUCUGGCUAAGUAGAGACUACAGAGAAAAGCCAGGUCCUAACCUCCCAGGUCCCUGCGUGCCCACUGCACGUGGCAUUACUCCCUUGGGAUGGAACUUACAGGCCCAUAAGACCCCUUCCACACCAAACUUACCCAGUGGAGCCCCAGAGAUGACUUCGGCCAACCCAGCUGGACUGGCCUUCUGCUUUGUCCAUCAAUAUGGUUUAACCAAAAUGCCCCCAUUUCCCAAAGCUACGGCAAGCACGCUGCCCAGCAGCUUCCACUCUGCUAGCUGGCACUGGGCCCUGCCCUUCAUCCACCCCCAUUGUUUGGCCAACAGAUUAGGGCUGUCCCCUUCACAUUUGUGCAAGGGAGGGGUCACCCCUCGGGGACAUCCCUCUUUAGGCCAUGUCUCGUGGUCUAGGAACACUCAGGAGGAUCUUGAAGUGCCCACUCUAAUCCACUCCAGUAGCUGAACCUGGAGAGAAGGCUGGUAGGUCAGUCCCCACCCUUGUCCCUCAGCCCCAGCCUCCAGUCCUGCUGUGGAGGUGUUUGCCAUGAUUAGGACUUUGUAACUUGAGUCCUGGCAUCCUCUGUAACAAUGCCUCUUUCUUUCCUCAGAUGUUGCCCAAAGUUUUGCAAAAAGUUUCAUUCAUUUUCAGGUACCCCCCACCCCCUAAAGAAUCAGCUGCAACUAGUCAGCCAGGGGGCCAUCAGGAGAGAAGAGGGAGUCUGGCAUGGAAGAGGCCCAAGAUUUGCACAAGAGUCUGGGCUGUGGCUUUGCUCUUUGCAUCUUGGGAUCUCUUUUCAAGACUGCCAAGACUUCCUUCAGUAAAAUGCUCCUGAGGCACCCCUGCCCCUGCAACUUGCCCCCACUGCUGUUUGCUGUACAUAGAGGCUAAGUGGGGUGGAGCGGGCAGGUAUGCACGUGUGUGUGUGCGAAGAAUGUAUAUAGGUAAAGGGGAGUGUGGUUCAGUGGUUACAGAAAAGGGACAGAACAGAACUCUGUUCCAUCCCUAGUUUGACCGCUGGCUCGCUGUGUGGCCUUGGGCAAGUCACUUAACCUCUCUGUGCCUCAGUUUCCCCAUCUGUAAAAUGGGGAUAAUAAUACUGACCUACCUCACAGGGGUGUUGUGAGGCUUUAACUAAAUGUUUUGUAACGCGUUCUGAGAUACAGAGACAAAGGCGCCAGGGAAGGGUGAAGUAUUCUUUGGACCUAAGGUGAAAUAGUACCAUAAACGCUGCUAUUCUGAGAGCCAUUUUAAAGUGCACUGCUCCCCCCAUCCCCCCUUCUCAUCACCAGGACAGCAGGUCGUGAAAUGUCUUUCCUUUCACUUGCUUCUGGGCUUUGUGAGUCUUCUAAGUGUCCCCCACCCGUAUCUCUUUCCCUGCCCCCUCGACUUGUUCCCUGUUCUGUUUAUGCGGAAAUGGCAGAAAUGCUUGAGAAAUGAGAAUGUGUAAGUGGAUUGGAAGUUUAUAGUCUGAAAUUUCAAUUUUACUUUGUACUGUACAUCUUUUUACUUUAGAAUUUGCAAUAAAGGGUUACGUCGAUCUUGUUUUCAACUCUC